AUACAAACACUCAAAAUGUCAAUCAAAAUGAACGACCUUAUUGAUUCAUCCAAAAAGAAAAAACUUCCGCUUAAAUUUCCACUUUGGCACAUUCCCUACUUGGAAAAGCACCGAAUCUACGACUUGUUUCACGAGAUAGUUAGGGAAUUGGUCAUUCAAAAACCGGAUGAUCAUGUCCUCUUUACCAAACAGAUUCUACUGAAUGCCGCCAAGAGCAGAGACGUCCCAAGAAUAUUGUUUUUACCCUCCCCCAAAGUAAAUCUCCAGGAAUUAUCUUCGGAGGUAGCCAAAAUAACAAAACAGUUUGUUAUAACACGCCAGUCAGUAGCAAACUGUCUAAAUGCUGAUUUUGAUAUAGUUAGUUCAGAAGUUUUAGCAAAAUGUUUGUCAUUGAUGGUUCGUCAGGAAAAUUAUUACUCCCAUGGGUGGAUCAUUGUAGAUUGUAUCAGAAAUGUGGAUGAUGCGAAACAACUGUUGUUGCUUGGUAUAAUUCCUUCGCAUACCUUUCAUUUAAUAGCACCGUUGCAACCUAACGUUGAAGACAUUUUAUAUUGCAAAGUACCUACCCACUGGCCAGAACAAAGAAGGCUAAUUGUUAGCCUUAGAAACAUAUUUAAAAACUCUUUGAGAGAAAUUAAUUUUGGUCAUAGACAUAUAACAGAAAUAAUUGCAGAAAUCAUAGAAGUAUCUAAAAUAAGGAAACUUUUGAGGCCGAUACAACCUAGGGUGGUGAUUUUAGGUCCAAGAGGAUCUGGCAGAAAAACUCAAGCAGAGCUGCUUGCUUAUAACCUAAACUUGGUCAACAUUGACUUCGAGUAUCUUCUUUGCCAGGCCUGGAUAUCGCCAACCGAAUUGGGUCAACAGCUCCGCCAAUGUAACAACGAAGUUUGUUUUCAUGCCGAACUUCUUUGCCAAGUUGUUAACAAAAGAAUUAUGCAAUGCGAUUGUUUAGGACAAGGAUGGGUUCUCACUGGAUAUCCUUAUACUGUUGCCGAUUUUAAGUACUUAGAUUCGUUGGAUACACCUCCCAACAGAGUAAUAUUCCUCGAGUGCGACCUAAAUGUAUGCAAAGAAAGACUUCGUCAUCGAAAGAUAAAUACUGCAACUGGCCAAACAGUGAACAAAAAAGACUCCUCAGACCAUGAAAACGAUAAGGAGUUUGCGAAUCAUCCAAAAUUUGAUUCAAAUCUUAUCAAUGCGGAAAUUAAUUACUAUUGUCAAAAUUAUGGGGCUCUGAGAAAAUACUGUGGUGGAACUGCUAGUAUUGUAAAUGGUGAUUUAAAUGAAAGGGUUGUUAACGAAACCAUAUCGGCAAUCCUUUUAAGAGCCGCUCCAGCAGCACCACCAAGAAAAGGUCUUUCCGCUCAAGAUGACCUGUCUUCUACAUCAUCCGACGAUUCAUGUGGGUGUCCAGUGGUUUUAUCGAAAAUUAUGGAUGCAUUUGUAAAAACAAAAUAAUAUGUAAAUGU